UUCUGAAAGGGGGAUGUAAACUUUUGAGCUCAACUGCAUAUCGUAAUGUAUGAUGAAUUAAUUAACUGCUUCAUGUACAAAAUACAACAAAUUGCAAUUAUUCCCCUUUCUAAUGACUAAUUACAUUAUGAUUGCGUUAAACAAUAUUACACUGUGUGCCUUCCAUUUAUGUUUAACCCAUGAAUCUUCAAUACGUUCAGACACACCAUUAAUCCACCGUCUCUGCAGUCUCGUAAAAUAAAUUGUAACAUUUAAACCCCAGAGUUCACGCAGGUACGAGACCAAGUCAUGCAUGACCCUUAGGCAUGGUUUUAGGCUUUGGAAUGAGACCACAGAGUUGUGGUUUGGCUGAGGUUUUGGUGAGAUGUGUAUUUGUUUGCUUAAGAGCCAUAACUGUCUCCUGUUUGCAGAAAGUGGGCUAGAGCAGAAAGGGACCGGAUGUCUGACCUCACUGGCAAUAGCAUAUUAUUAACCACAGAGGGCAUGUGGUGUCUCACAAAUAUACCUUCUUUUCUAUAAUUUCUAGAGCUGAAAUGACAUGUUUGGAUUCUACACUUUAAGGUUGAGUGUGGAAAUAUCAUUUUCAAUUAUUUGAUUUAUUAAAGUUUAUUUUUAAACUCUGUGCAUUGAAGCCACAGAAAGAUAUUUGUUUUUAUUUAUGUACAGUUUUCACAGUUGUAACAGUUUGCUUGGGUUAUAUAAUUAUAAUUUAUUUGCUUCCAGGGACAACCACAAUAACAAACCUGCAACCUGCUUAUUGAACCUGCGAGAUCUGUGAUCGGUGAACUACAAUCACUAAAAAUAAGGCACCAUGUCCUUUGUUUUGUCCCUCUGGGCAAGAUUUUAAGAUUUCUAUGUAUUGCAGAACCCUGCGAAAAAAAUCUUUCUGAAUAGUUUCCAAAUACAGCCCCAAUAAAAAGCAUUUCACUUAAAACAUUAUUACUAAUACCAUGGUUCUGCCAAGAUCCUCGUUCAGAUUCUGCAAAUGUACAGUUAUAUAGGCCUAAAAGGCUAGACUCUUAGGGUUCCAUUUAGCACCCUAAAUGGUUCUUAGGUUUGUCCCUUUGGAGAAGGGUCUAAUGUAGAACCCAACAGCGGAGUGAUUCCCUUUGAAAGACAGACACUUUAGGGAGCCAGGAACUCUUGAGGAACACUAAGGGUGUAUGUUUAAAUGAUGGCUACUGAAACAGAAUGCAGCUGUCAUUUAGGACUCAUCAUCAUAGGAGAAUCAUUUUGAGGUGAAAAGAAGUUUUCAAGCAGCAAAUAAUUUUUUUAAUCUUUCAGAAGAUUCUUGAAGAACCCUUGAAGAACCUCUUUUUUCAGAGCAAGUUUUCCAAAGCAACGUUGUUUGUUCGAAACGCACAUUACAUAUUUUGAUUAUUAUUAAUCUGUUCCACAAACUUAACACAUGAGUUCCUGUUACUUGUUCACAUUCAGAUGUCAUGCUAAUUUUUACACUGCAAAAAUGUUUGAGUUAGCAUUGAUAAAAAAGAAACUCUGCUCUAUCUCAGGUUUGACACGCUAAUUCUUACACUAACACUGAUAAUAUGAGGUCAUCCGUUGGUUUGUUUAGCAACAUAAAGUGUGAUUCUGGUCUUCUAGAAGUUUUGGUGAGUUUCUCAGUGAGUUCUAGAGGCUCUGGGAUUCAGUAGGUCAUAUAGCUUGACACAUUUUUUGCCAUGUGCGGCUCUAUAGCAUUAAUGAGUUGUGGGGGAUGUAGGGGGAGUGUGGUCUAGUACAGCAUGCUGUGGUGAAAGUGAGGUUGGACUGGGUGCUUGUGGUGAUAGAGAGAUGGAAAAUGGGGGAAGGGUUGAUAAUUCAGAACACGUUUUCCUACAGCGUGGAGGAGGUCUGGGGUCUACGUAGGAUGUGUGUUAUGAGUUUCCCUGAUUGAGGGGGAAAAAAACAGUCUGAAAAUGUGUAGUUCAAUCCAAGAGAGUGACCAGACCCUGUCUAAAUAUAUAAGGCUUAUAAUGCACAGGAUAUUUGAGUGGUGGAAUGAUCAAGUCUUCAAAGCAUAUAAGAUAUACUGGCUAGAUGAAAAUGACUUGCAUGUCAAACAUACUUCCCCUUUGCUAAAAACACCAAAGGUGAUUCUAGUUCAUUGGUUCUGCGUGUACUAGCAGUGCAGUCAGUUGCUCACGGGGUGUAAGAGGAGUCCAAACAGGUCUUUCUGAUGACCAGCUUUCAAGAUGAAUGACUAAAUGCAGUCCAACUAAAGCUGUGACCUUAUAACUUCCCCAACACUAAUGCUGUCAUUGCAACUUCUGACUUGAAACACUUGCAUUCUUGGGUCAUACAUAUCUCAUCUUUGAUUGGGUGGCACCCAUUGUUGUCAGUUUGCACUGGCUUGCCAGCCCCUUGUCUGCAUUCCUUUCAUCACUUUGGGCCAUGACAUAACCCACACAGAAACAUGAGGCAUAGCAAGGGGAGGUUCCUCAAAAGGGCCAGGAAAGAACUGCGCAGUGCAGCAUUUAUGGGUGUCCCAUGCAUGAAUAAGACAGGAAUAAGAGAAACAUGCCUCUGGAGCACAUAGAGUAUAAACUUCUUGUGGUUGCAAGGCAUGAAAUACCUGCAGGGAUUUGCGGGGAUGUUCCAGUCAUGCUAUUGAACUGAUGGCAGGCACCAUUCAAUGUAGAACAUUUAUUGGUCAAAGAGGAUGAAUGGUCUAAUGGGCAUACUAAGACCUGUGGCCAUACCAAUAUGGCAAGGGUACAGUCAAGAACAGAAUGUUAAAUUAUACUUGGCAAGCAGUUAAUUACAAUAUUUCCACAUCCUUAUUUUCUUUCAUAAUUAGUCCAUUCUUUUAUAAAAUAGUAAGCAAGUUCAGCUUAGAAUCCCACUAGGUGAAGACUCAACACAGCACUGAAGUGCCAAGGAAGCUUAAGGUGAAUGACAUUGAGCUAGUGCAGAUUUUUCUCUUCCGGGAUUGUGUGUGGAUCCAUUACAAGGCACUGAAAUGCAACACCUACCCACCUACCAUCUGGGAAGCUUCAGAUCCCAAUCUUCUACUUCCCAAACUCUGAUGCAGUACCUAUUCUUGGUCAAGACUAAUUCAUGUGACUAAUAUGUAUCAGGUUUGUUUUCUUAUCUUGACAUCGACACUUUCUUAGAGGCAAGAUACCUGUGGUGUUAAUUGUUGAAAGUGUCGCUUUAAAUUCUUUAGACAUACCUUGGUAUAGUCCAUCUGUCCCAUGGCUGCUCAUGGUCUGUCGCCUUUCUGAGGCUUCUCUGGAAAUGGUUCUCAAGAACUUGCUGGAAUUAAAGAUGUGAUUCUGCUGAAUUGAGACUGCAGAGUGGACCCAAAGAUUGGAAGGAUGGAGGAGGUAUGCUUUAUUAUAGACUGAUGACCUUUGACACAUGGCUUACUGGAAAAACAUUAGUUCAUUGCUGCUCAGCCAACUGGUCAGAAUAAGCAAGUAUUCUACAUGAUUAAUGGCAAGCUGCAGGAAAGAGAGAGGGAAAGUUUCUGGUCCAGUAGAGUUACUUAAUAACCACAGAUUUAUAUGGCAGUCCAUUUCAGAAAACCUCACACAGACAUCUUAUGAAAAUUACAUCCAUAAAAUAGUAAUUCAUCACAAAAUACUGGCGUUUUCAAUCGACCGCAUACACUCCAUGCUUCCCAUUCAUCUCACUCUAACUUGUGAAAUCUAUACAUUUGUUUAGGAGUCAUCCUGAUAUGAAAAGAGGUCAUAUUCUCAUGAGGCCAGGUAACCAAAGAUUAAGUGUAGCCAAAUAAAUAUUGUUCGUUAUAUAGGUCUUUUUCUGCCACUGUGUUCUGUUAUCUUGGCAUAUCCCUGAGUAAAUAAUUCAGCAUGGGUUUGGAUAUUUGUGUGGCUGAAGAGGGGAGAGUAGUGUUUUCCCCUUCCCCCUCUUGCUCUCCGUCGCUCUAAGCCGAUAGGCUGCUGUCAGAGAGUGAUUGGCUGUGAGGGCUCGAGCAGCUGCACGAAUGCGCUCCACUCUAGUGAGACAGGGAGGGAGGGAGUGCGAGAGGAAAGCCAAAGAGAGAGAAAGCAAGCGCUCUAUACGGUGUUCUCACUACUCUCCGCACCCCAUAACGCCAUUCCCGCUUCCAUUUCGUGUUCGGAUCUCUUUAAUUGCAUUCCAGAGGAACUUUGUGUACAGCAGCUGGCUUUCAGACCAAAGGAAACUGCUGGGAAUUAUGGACAACCCCUUAAAGAGCAAAGAGGGAGUCGGGAGAAAAGAACAAAAGGGGAAACUAGCAGUGGAUGGCACGGGAGCUUGAUGCGUCCUCUCUGUCUUUCAUAGCGUCAGAGAAGGUUUAUCUUCUUCACUCUCUCCUCCCAGUUUUUGAAACAGUCAAGCUGUCAGUAGCUGCAUACUGACAGGCCAUGUGUGUGUAAAUAAAGCUCUGUGCUCCUAUAGGCUAGGCAUCAAGCCAGCAGUGGGACCCUGGAGGUGCAGCACUUUGAGAAGCACUGCCUGACUAGAUCAACAAGUCUGACACGAGACAGCUCCUCUGAAAGGCAUCUAAAUCUCCCACACAAAAACAUACUAAACAGUGGUGUGUGUGUGUGUGUGUGUGUGUGUGUGUGUGUGCUGAAGUUGGUAGGAAUGAGUGCGGCGCCGAAACAGAUGAGACAGCCUGGAGAACGAGAAGACAAGAGAGCAUGUGUGGGUGUGUGUACUGCUUUGGAAUUGAUUUCACCCGGCUGUGUCUCCAGCCCCGUCCACGUUUAGAAAGCCACAUGUGCAUGUAGCAGUGUUUAUCUUUCUGUCACCAGUGCUUCGGCUCAUGGGCGGCUUUCUCUGCAUCUUCUGGUGUAGCCUUUCCUGCAAGAAUGUAAUGUAUCAGAUCACUGAAAUGUCUGACUGAAGAGAUUCAGUUUUCCCUCUCGGAGUGCAAGAAGAUAUCAUGCUGACUCUUUGCUACAUUUUUUCUGAGAUAAUUUGUAUUGGCUAAAAUGACUGAAGGAACGUUAGUGUUGAAUUGAAGGCUGCUGCUGGCCUCCUCAGUAGCGCCCUGUUUUUUUUUUUUAAGUCUAAUUUGUUUUUAGUGGAACCUUUUGUGUUGGCUGUGCUCUGCGAGUGGAGCGUAGCUUUGCUGAAUUAAGCUAUUGUUUGAACUGAGAGUUCUCUCACGCUGCAGACAUUCAGCUCCUCCUGCACCCCCUGCAACCCCUAAACCAAGCAAGACCACCCCCUCCCUCCCUCCCUCCCUCCCUGGUCCCUUCAUUUAUCCCCACUGAUUCUCCUACACACCUCCUCGCUGGAGAGUGUGUGUGUGUGUGUGUGUGUGUGUAAAUGUGUGCAUGCCUCCCCAUGCAUGUGAAGCUGUAACUCUAAGCCUGGAUUAGAAAUCUAGAGGGUAGUGAGCAGCUGGAUAUGUCUUUCUGGAAUUAAUGCUUAACCAGAAGACAAGGAAAAUUUGCUCUUUGAGGAUUGUUCAGAUUUGAGCAGUUUGAAUGUACCACCCUGCAUGUGGCACCAGAGCGAAGGGAGAGAGCUAAAGCAUCACUUCUGUUGAGGCUAGCCAUGUGGGGAGUGUAGAUGUGAGGUUUGGAAAUCAGGAGGUGGGGGUGAGCAGCCAUGAAGAAAACACGCAGUACCACUCUACGCAGGGCCUGGCCCAGUUCGGACUUCUCCGACCGGGCCUCGGAACGCACCCGCUCCCGCAGUGAGAAGGACUACCGGCUCUAUAAACACUACCCUAAGCCCUUCAUUAACCACUCCGUCUCCCAUUCGCCCCGGAUAUACAUGCCUACAGGUGAUGUGUCUCCGAUCAGCAUGUCUCCUAUCAGUCAGUCCCAGUUCAUCCCGCUGGGGGACAUCCUGUGCCUGGCCAUCUCGGCCAUGAACUCUGCACGCAAGACUGUCACACAGGAAACCCUCAUCGAGCAUCUCGCUACAUGCUUCCCAGGAGUCCCAACUCCAAGCCUUGAGGUCCUGCGGCAUACCCUCAACAUGCUGGUCCGGGAGCGCAAAAUUUAUCCAACCCCAGAGGGCUAUUUCAUUGUUACCCCACAGACAUACUUCAUCACCCCCUCCCUCAUUCACACCAAUAGCAAGUGGUAUCAUCUGGAUGAGAGGAUACCAGGGGGUAUGCAGCCAUGCUCCUCCCCUCCCUCUGGCACCAUGACGCCCUCUGCCUCAGGCUGUGUCAGGGAACGAUCACACCAUAAAAACCACGCCGACCCCUACAGCGAUGGCUACCGGGAGGAUAUGCCCAAUACGCACAACUCCACACUGCAGAGAAGGUCCAAGGAGCAUAAGGAACCCCCACACCCAGUGUCUCCUCCUCCUCAACAGUCCUCAGAAAAGAACAAAAGUGCACUCAGCUUCGCUUUCAAGGCAGAAGGUAGCAACAGCAGGCAGAGGGAUGGGAGCAGCAGUGGUGGUGGCAGCGAGAAGCAAUCAAAGAAGUUUGGCCUGAAGCUCUUCCGGCUGAGCUUCAAGAAGGACAAGUCGAAGCAUCUCGCUACAUUCUCUGCACAGUUUCCUCCUGAGGAGUGGCCUCUGAGGGAUGAGGAGACACCUAGCACUGUCCCACGAGAUGUGGAGAUGGAGAUCAUCCGACGGAUCAACCCAGACCUGACCGUUGAGAAUCUGGCACGGCAUACAGCUGUGAUGAAGCGGCUAGAGGAGGAGAAGGCUCAGAGAAGCAAAGCUAACUCGUCAGCUCAACAGAGCACUCGCAGCAAACGCAGCCGUAGUCACCGCAAGGCCCAACAGGGCAAAUCCUCACGAUCCCACAGCAAAACACGUGCCUCUAGAGGGGACCGGUCCGAAGGCUCCAACCUGGAUAUAUCCUAUGACAGGGACUACAGGUUCUACAGCUCCUCUCUGGUGCGUUCUCCAAGAGAGACGAUGAUGUCCAUGGAGAGAAACAGGGGAAAAUACAUGGUGCAUAGUAACCCAAACAUUGUGGAGUCACACUUCACUACAGCACCAGAGUGGGAUGUGUCAGGAGAGCUAGCCAAGAGAAGGACAGAGAUGCCCUUUCCAGAGCCAUCCAGGGCACAGUCACAUUCCAAAGUCCAUCGCAGCCACAGCCACACCCAGGAAAGGAAAUCGCGGAAUGAAAGGUCAGAUAAGGCUAAAGAGAGGUCACGCUCAAUGGACAAUUCCAAGGGCCCUCUAGGAGGACCAUUCUUAGGCACUGUUGAUGACUAUGAGUGCACUCCAGAUGACCGGAAUCGGUAUUACACUGAUGAUGGGACUUUGAGGGCGUCUGCCCAGAAAAGCCACUACUCUCGUGCUAUGCACUCUGCUGCUAGGUUGAACUCUGACAUUUGUGUGCCUGAUGUUGGGAGGGGGGCACCUGAGGAUGCCAUGCACUGUAGAACGCUGGAGAAGAGUAAAAGCAAAGACUGUUUAACGGCCUUUACUGACCUUAAGGCCUGCUCCCUAAAAACACCUGUAGAUGACUAUUUCCAGCAUACGGCAGCGAAUGAGGCAUCCUACUCUGCUCCUUCUUCUCUGGUAAAAUCCAACCAUGAUUUUAAAGAUGGUGUUUGGAAAGGGAUUCCUUCUGAACUUACAGUUCCAAUUCUGACCUCACCUCACCCUGUAGAGUAUAAUGACGAUUCCACAAUGGGACAGAACAGUAUAGCAUUAUCUGUGUCUAACCAGUUGCCAGAACCUUUGCCCAAUGGACGCUUGAUGCACCAACACAACCCUGACUCAGGUGACUUGGACAAAAUAGCAGAGGUUUACAACCAAGAGACUUUGUUCAAACCUGUGGACUAUGUGGAAAGCAGUUUCUCCAGGCCAGGUACGAUGCGCAAAUCUCCGCACGCAAAGUCCAUAGAGGUACUGGAGAACCAGGAACACUUUGAGGAUCCUCUUCCAUUGUCUGUACCAUCAUCCUCUGGUCAAGAGCAGGCCUCAUGCAUGGAAACCACCUUCGACUACUACAAUGUAUCAGAUGAUGAAUCUGAGGACACCAGCCAUAAGAACAAAGUGGAUGAGAAAGUUCUGGAAGGUGGUGGGACGAUGAAGUGGCUUAUGGAGCGGGAGAAGGAGCGAGACCUCCAGCGCAAGUUUGAAAAGAACCUCACCUUUCUCAGUCCCAAAGAGGGUGAGAGCAGCAACAGCCAGAAGUCAGCCCACUCCACACGUCUGGACAGCAUGGACUCCAGCAGUGUGACUGUGGACAGUGGAUUUAAUUCCCCACGCACUCGCGAGAGCCUUGCUUCCAACACGUCAAGCAACGUGGACAAUAACCGGCGGCAGAACAUGGCUCUGAGUCCCAGGCACAUGGGCACCAAGAGACCCCCGCCUCCGUACCAUGUACCUGCUUUCCGGCCCGUUCCUGAGCCGCCUGCCGCUCGUCCAGAGAAACAGGCCUCUAUUACCAGCGUGUAGAAAAGGAACUGGAGCAUGGAGGAAAGGACAACUCAUUAAAUGCACUGAAGCAGUGUCAAAUGAAUUUCAACACAAACAUUAAAACUGCAUUAUUUUAGGUACCUUGGGAUUGGUUUAAAAAAAAAAAAAACACUUCGUAAUGACUGAUGCUAUUUGUUGUAUGAAACUGCUCUCAUUAGUUGAUUUAAAUAAGCUGAUCUAAGGAACUACGGGUCUCCGUAACCUUUGCAGAUUUGCCUCCGACGACUCGUUCUCUACCGUGUUCAGUGUUGGUUCUCUACUCUCAGGUCAAUCAUAGUUCCACACCUUGUUCUGCGAAGAUGGACUCUUUUAGAGAUCUUUAGAGAAAUUUCUCACACGUGCAGUCCUUUGCACCUGCUCUAGAGACCGGUUUUCUCAGCUCCCUUCAUGAUCCGGAUCCAAUUCAGACACUUUGGUUAAAACCGACAACUGUUGGUUUUUACAAAAUCUUUCUCUGCUUAUAGCUGAAUUAUCACAUACAAAAAACGGAAUAUUUUCAUACAUGUGCAUCAAGCAUCCAUUCUAUAAAAAACCCUAACAAAUUCAGACAAAUUUUGAUACAACAGGUGCUAUUCUUCUCUUUGCUAAAAAUGAACUGCGUACCUAGGACAGGACAGAAAUAUGGAUGCUCCCCACCAGCCGUUUUUCUUUUCAAUUUUCUAUUUUAACCCGGUGCUCUGAACUACUGAAGAUGACAGAAAAAAAAAAACCACACACACACACACACACACAGCUACCUCCACACUUUGGUAUGAUGGCUAAUAGUGACACGAAUGGCGUUUCUUCCAUUUGGUCAAGCCCACGGUUAGCAGCUUGCAAACUGUGAAUGAGCUGUGGGCGCUUUCUGAGCUGAGACAGAUGGUGAAGGUGCUAACAUUACCCACGAUAAAGUGCUAGAAAUCUAAUUUACAGUUCUUUGUGACCAUGGACUUUAAACAGUACAGUAAAUAAUACAAGAAAACAGGACUCCUUAAUCAUCUGAAUUUGGUUUGAAGAGCUGUAUGACUCAUUUUGUCUUACAUUUCUAUUUAACUUGGCACACACUUACCCAGCUUACACAAUUUUCCUCUUACCCCAAAGCAGGUGAUCAGCAGAGACAUGUUUGGUGUCUAAAGUUUGCCUCUUAGGUAUGACACUGGAGGCUGAAGUAGCUAACAAUGUCGAGUUGUUCAGUAUCUCAGACUUGGUUUCUGACACUGUAUGACACACUGUUAUCUAUAAAAAUGGACAAAAGGACAACACAGAGCUAAAAACAGCCCCAGCAGCCUUUUUGUUCCUUAGCACUUAAUUUCAUAUGGACUCAAGUCUGAAGGUGAAAUUGUAGGUUAGAUGUGAAUCAGAUGAUUGUAUGCACUGCCAGUGAAAAGCUUUCACACAUUCACACAGCGAAUGUCAUGCUUUAAUCAAGUUGCUGGAUAGUGACCUGCUGUACAGGAAUGGACAUCAGUUUGUAAUCAGAUACCGGCUGUCAAAACGUGCUGUAGUCGAAAUGAAAACUUUUUCAUUUUCAUUUUUUCACUUUUUCACUUUUAAAAUACUAUAACAUUACUUCUGAUUGAGAGAAAUAUAUUUCAACUCAGGAAAGCCUGCAUUUUUCAGAAAUAUGUAGAAGGUUUUUCCCAGACAGUCACACAAGUACUUGUAGCACAGAUCAUAUAUUUAAUUAGAUUUCCCCAGAUCGUUUUUUUAACCAAUAAAAUAAAAAUAUACACUUUUCUCAGUUCAUGUAUUCCUAUUUCUUAUUUAUGUUGUCUAAUUGUAUACAAUUUAACUUAAAUCUAUUUUUUUUCUUAAACAAAAAUGUAAAUAUAGGGGGUUCAGAAACUUUUGACCAGUGGUGUACCUCCUAUUUGAUUUGUAUUUUUUUAUUAUUAUUAUUAUUAUUAUUAUUAACCUGAUCUCUGAGCCAAACAUGCUUAUCCUUCCCUUACUUGUUGAGCCUCAAAGCUCCAGUACAAAACUAAAAAAAAAGGACACCAAACAUGUUUUUACUGACUGUGGUUAAGGGGAAAGUGUUUCAGUUUGGUUUUUUUGGCUGUACUAUUUUUUUCAGGGUUUUUCACACGGCCCACAGUGACUCUCUGGCAGUCAUGAAAUAUUAACUUAUACCAAACCUGAACAAUUUUCACACGUGUAGUCAUAUUAUUAUUAUAUUAUUUUAAUCCUAAAUUAAUCGUACAGAUUCCUGAACACCGCUAUAAUAACCUAUUCACCAUGUGUGUCAGAGAGACGAGUCCAAUGCUCUGCAUUCUGCUUCCUAACACACAUACACACUGAAACGUGACUUUCCUGAGAUAACGGAGAGAAUAGUGGAGAGAAUGGCGCUUUUAAAAAUGUUUGCACUAAAUGCCUGAUGUGUAACGUCUGUAAACAAGACCAACAAACAGACGAACCAUCCAAGACGGAUGCUGUGUUUAUACUGAACAUAUUUCAUAUAAAAUGCGGAUAGUCCAUAAGACGUCUUCCCUUAUCAUGAUGGCUUUCUUAGCGUUCUCGAAGACAUCGUUCCUCAUUGUGACGUUACGUCGAGCUGUAAGAGAUGUUUAUCUGUCAUACUCAGUAUAAUAACUUCAAAGAGGGAUUUUUUUUGUAAAGCCUGUAAUAUUGAAAAGUCCCUACUUGUGUAGUCGUGGUGUUAAAUGUUUAGUGUAUAUGAUUUCCCCGCCCCUCGGGGUAUCGUGUAACUUUUUAAGACAAUAAAAUAACAAACAAUCACUAACUUGGUGUGAUCUGUUGAUGCAACUACAUCCACCACCACCAUAAUAAUGAUAAUAAUAAUAAUAAUAAUAAUAAUAAUAAUAAUAAUAAUCUAUCCAAGGAACAUACCCUGGAUGGGGCUACAGUUAAUUGCAGGGCACAAUGCACACACACUCGUACACACCUAGGGGCAAUUUACAGUCUCCAAUCCAACUAGCUGCAUGUUUCUAGGAGGAAACCAGAGAACCUGGAGGAAACCCACACAGGGACAUGGGUAGAACAUGCACAGAAACUCCACACGGACAGUAACUCGAGCACAGUAUUGAACCAGAGACCCUGAUAUAUAAUGUAUAACGUCAUUAAUAUAUAAACAUGUACAUUACAUUAGAUACUGCAUGGAAUACAAAAGUAAGUAUAGGUGAAAAAAGAUAAACAUAGAAAUUAAUAUGACCGUGCAAAAACCAAUGAAUAAGUUUUCACCACUGUACUGAUCUACGAUUAACGAAUUUUAGAUGAAGGCAUUAUUUCAACAUCAUCUUAACAUCAUUUUACUUUGUUUUUAAUUGGUAACUUGCAUUAUAUUGACAAUUAUUCAUUUGUGAAAGGAAUGGAAAAGGGAGGUAGAAUCUAGUUUAACCCCAGGCUGUUCUCAGAGCUAUAAACAAUAAAAGAGAUGAGUACAGAGUACAGAACUGAACUUCUGUCAAUCAGAAACAUGCAGGAACACAUAACAUAACCAAACACGAGUGUUCAAACCAGUGCAGGGACUCUGCAAAGCAGAGCUACAAAAUUAGCAAUACAGCCCAAAUGCAGUAAUAAUAAUAAUAAUAAUAAUAAUAAUAAUAAUAAUAGCAAUAAUAAAAAGUACAACGAUAACAGUAAAGGAAAGUUACAGAUCCUAGCUCACAUCAGUCUGCAGAACCUGCAUACACUAUAUUUCAGGCUG